UGCAGAGGGCGGAUAAGAUACGGUUAAAGUCAUUAAAAACAGCAUACCGGAGGUGUUAUCACAAACCGCGGCUGUCGCACAUCCCCCGUGAGAUUUUUGCACAUCUCGUAUCAACUUGUCAGACGUUGUAGGUCCGUGAACGAGCGCUUCUCCCGGUGGGUGUCACAGGUCUGAUGCUGCUUCCUGUAUCGAGGCACCAGCGGUCGGAGUCGAAGCCCUUUUUCUCGCUCCGGGAGCCCCACACCCCGAGCCGCAGCACGGAGGGAGUCGUUGUUCGGAUGCUGAGAGAAGCCAACCGAGUCGGUGCUCCGGUGUAGCUGCCGGUUCAAACCGCGGUGUCUUGUGAAAGCUGAGAAGCGAGGGGGGCUCGAGGAGGCACGAUUUUUCCAAGAGCUGGCGCUAGCUAGUAGCAGCUAGGUGGCUAAGGGCUAGUAGCAGCAGGUAGACAGCCCAGAAGAAGCAGUAGAGAAACAGAAAUGUAUUUAAUCCCAGUUCAAUAAAUGAACCAGAAAAACUAUCUCACUUUAAAAAGGUACAUCGGCAUGGUACGUUUCACCAAAUCAGGUAACUGACAUGCUACCGAAAGUGUACUAACUUUGCUAACGUUAGCUAGCCAAGUUACUAGCCAUCCAGAGCUGAUCCUGUUGCUUUUUCAGGCAGACUUUCGAGCGAGGAAAAGGUUAGAUUAGCAGCUGCCCAGCUCACUACAGGUUAGUGCUGUUUUCACAAAGUCGUUUAGGUUAGUUAUUGAAAUGGCUCCCAAAAGAAGACCCGUUCCCCUGAAUAUUACGCCCAUCGGGGAGGGACAGGCCACUUCCAACACCAUUGAUGCUGCAUCUGAAGCCAACCUUGAGGCCUUACAGAAGAAACUGGGAGAGCUGGACCUGGACGAACAGCAGAGGAAACGACUGGAGGCCUUCCUCACCCAGAAAGCUCAGGUUGGGGAGCUGAAGGAUGAGGAUUUUGAACCCAUUUGUGAGUUGGGUGCCGGAAACGGAGGAGUGGUCAACAAGGUCCGCCACAAACCCUCGGGUUUGGUUAUGGCUCGAAAGUUGAUCCACCUGGAAAUCAAGCCUGCUAUCAGAAACCAGAUUAUCAGAGAGCUGCAGGUGCUGCAUGAAUGCAACUCCCCCUACAUUGUGGGCUUCUAUGGGGCCUUUUAUAGCGAUGGGGAGAUCAGCAUCUGUAUGGAGCACAUGGACGGCGGAUCCUUGGACCAGGUCCUUAAGGAAGCCAGAAGAAUCCCAGAAGAAAUCCUGGGAAAAGUCAGCAUAGCUGUGUUGAGGGGAUUAGCCUACCUGCGAGAGAAGCACCAGAUCAUGCACAGAGACGUCAAGCCCUCCAACAUCCUGGUCAACUCUCGUGGGGAGAUCAAGCUGUGCGACUUUGGUGUGAGCGGCCAGCUCAUAGAUUCCAUGGCCAACUCCUUUGUUGGAACGCGCUCCUACAUGUCGCCGGAGAGACUGCAGGGCACUCACUACUCAGUUCAGUCAGACGUGUGGAGCAUGGGUCUGUCCCUGGUGGAGCUGGCGAUUGGCCGCUACCCCAUCCCCCCACCAGACGCCAAAGAGCUGGAGGCCAUCUUCGGACGGGCCGUCAUGGACGGGGCCGAGGGAGAGCCUCACACCAACAUGCAGAGGCCCAGACCACCGGGCCGACCCGUGAGCGGACAUGGAAUGGACAGUAGACCUGCAAUGGCUAUCUUUGAACUUUUGGACUACAUUGUGAAUGAGCCUCCUCCCAAGCUUCCGCUUGGUGUCUUCACCAGUGACUUCCAGGAUUUUGUGACAAAAUGUUUGAUCAAAAACCCAGCUGAGAGGGCUGAUCUGAAGAUGCUGAUGAGUCACACGUUCAUCAAGCGAUCAGAAGUGGAGGAAGUGGACUUUGCCGGCUGGUUGUGCAAAACCAUGGGCCUGAACCAGCCCAGUACUCCCACCCGCGGCACUGAGUGAUCCCCCCACACUGCCCUGACACACCUCUGGGUCUCUCUGCAUUCUCAUAUACAUACACGUACACAAGCCAUCACACUUAUUGGCACUUUUUUCCAUCUUACUCUUGGGUAAAACAGUUUUAGCUUUCUCCCCUCCCCCCGUUUAUUUCUUCACCAGCAGCAGGGCCCAUUGAGUCAUUGUACUGUAAGACCACAGCUUCACCAUGACAGUGUCAAGAGCAGCCACAGCUCACUUUUCCACACCGCUACAGAGGAUGUAAAGCACUGAAGGGCUGCCAGUGUGUCAGCUGAAUUUGCGUUGACAAACUUCUUUUGUAUUGUUGAAUAUUCUGUAUUAAUCUUUUCUAUGGCAACAGUUGAUGGCUUGUGGGACUGUAUUUUAAUAAAUAACCUGCUGUAGAGAUUUGAUGCGCUGAGAAUGACAUCUACUUGCAAACUCUGAUUUGGUUUUAUUGAAGGUGAAUGCAGCCGUUUUGAUUUAAAAUAAUUCUGUCGGAGUUGUACACGCUAAAAUGCUCUUUGCGGAGACCUUGCAAUUACCUCCAAUAUAAUAAUCAAAUUUGCGAGUAGAGUGCAGGACAAAAGGGCGAGUUAGGAGUCAUUUUCACUUUUUUGGCAAAUGAGCGAUCACUUUGUGAACAAUGUCACAAACCAAAGAGGGUACUCAUGACUACUAAAGUUUCUCAAUGACUGAUUUUUUUUUUUUUUUUUGUAUGCACAUUCAUGACAGUAUAUCAGUGUACUUCGAAUGUUCUCAUUUUGCAUUCAAUGAUCUACACACUGAUUGUGUUGACAUUGUUUCCUCAACUUACAUUUCAAUUCACAUCCCACACUGUAUGUCUCACAUGGGAGGAGGCAUAUGAUGUGGAGGCCUGAUAUAUGCCAGAAUGUCUUUAAGGACAUUGAGAAAACAACGAUCAAAAUGUAUUCAUGGGAUGAUAUAGCAUGGUUUAUUAUCUUUCUAAAUACUGUAUGUGUAUUUUAUUUCCCAAGAUCAUGAUGGGGAUGAUUAGCUGGUGUUUUUAUCAAAAGCCUGAAUCUCUGCAAUGUCAAUAUGAAAUCUCAAUCACUGAUUUUGAUUUUCCUUUUUCUCUUUGUUGUUGGUCUGUAUUUUCCCCUGAAGUGUAUUUGGUUAUGUUUUCACCGUACUGCUAAGUGUGGCGCUCCAAGCUUUAUUUUUUUUGUCUUGGGACACAACCGACCUUGAGGCUCACUUUUGGGAAAAGACUUGGGUUGGAAUACAGUUAAAACGCUUUUCCAAGCUGACUUCAAGUGGAACAGGCCUCUCAAGUAGUACAGAGGGUCUGAUUGAACAUUUUAACCCAGGUCAGUGUUGGUCACAUGGUGGUGGUGUUACUUGCUAGCCUGCCGUCUUGCUAGAGCUCUUGUAUUCUCUCUGCUUAUGGCUGCCCUUUCUUAUCCCCCGCCCUGAAAAUGUGCAUUCGUUACGAGCAAAAUGGAUGCAUUGUCACUUGUAUGUGUACAAAGCUAUAUACAAAAAUUACAGGAGUACUAUUUUGCAGUCUUAAUAUACAAAUUUUUGAUUUAUGUAAAUGACAAGGAGAAGAGUCAUUUUAUUAUAAUAUAAAAAUGUGUUGGAUAUGGUUAUAAUGUAUAAAAAGAUUAAAAUAAAACUUAUUUGUGAAUGUA